CUCAGGUAAGAUUUCCCCCAUUUUGUUUUUUUCUACGAUUAGGGUUUAACCAACAGUUACACUUUCAAAGCCCCUAAAUUCCCACCCCAAACCAUGCCGAUUCUUUCACUCUCCCGCUUCAUUUCAAUCUCAAUUUCCUCAAAACCAAAUAAGGUUUUCACUUUUCUAUUCAGCACAGCCUCUUCAGCAGACAAAUUCUUCACUCAUUUACAGAAAAAACAGAGCAACAUAGAGAAGACCCUAGCUUUAGUCAAUUCCAAACUGGACUCGAAUUGUGUCUGUGAAGUGCUAGAAAGAUGCUCCUUUGAUAAAUCUCAAAUGGGUCUGAGGUUUUUUAUAUGGGCAGGUCUUCAAUCAAAUUAUAGACAUAGCUCUUAUAUGUAUAGCAAAGCUUGUGAAUUUUUGAAAAUUAAGCAAAACCCGUGUCUUGUUUUGGAUGUUAUUGAAGCCUACAAGGUGGAAAAGUGCUUAGUUAACGUUAAAAUGUUUAAGGUUGUUUUGAAUUUGUGUAGAGAAGCUAGGAUUACUGAUGAGGCUUUGUUGGUAUUGAGGAAAAUGCCUGAAUUUAAUUUACGACCGGAUACCACUACUUAUAAUGUGGUUAUUAGGUUGAUUUGUGAGAAAGGGGAUAUGGAUAUGGCUGAUAAAUUGAUGAAAGAGAUGGGCUUGAUUGAUCUUUAUCCUGAUAUGAUCACGUAUUUGGUGAUGAUCAAGGGGUUUUGUAAUGCUGGUAGAUUAGAGGAUGCUUGUGGGCUGUUUCAGGUUAUGAGGGAGCAUGGGUGUUUUCCAAAUGCGGUGGCAUAUUCUGCUCUUCUCGAGGGGAUUUGUAGGUAUGGGAGUGUGGAAAAGGCAUUGGAAUUGUUGGGGGAGAUGGAGAAAGAAGGUUAUGGUUGUAGUCCAAAUGUUAUCACAUAUACAUCUGUGAUUCAAAGUUUUUGUGCGAAGGGUCAGACAACAAAGGCAUUGAGGAUUUUGGAUAGAAUGGGAGCUUGUGGGUGUGCUCCUAAUCGUGUAACAGUUAGUACUUUGAUCAAGGGGCUUUGUGCCGAGGGACAUGUUGAAGAAGCUUAUAAGUUGAUUGAUAAAGUUGUUCCUGGAGGUGGCGUUUCGGAUGGUGAUUGCUAUAGUUCGCUUGUGGUGUCUUUGAUAAGGAUUAAAAGACUUGAUGAGGCAGAGAAGCUCUUUAGGAAGAUGUUGGCAACUGGGGCUAAACCUGAUAGCAUUGCAUGUAGUGUCAUGAUUAGGGAGAUCUGUCAAGCAGGACGGGUGCUAGAUGGUUUUUGCUUAUAUGAAGAAAUCGAGCGGAUGCGAUACUUGUCUUCCAUUGACUCUGAUAUCUAUUCUAUUCUUUUGGUUGGCCUUUGUCAGCAAAGCCAUUCAGUUGAAGCUGCAAAGCUUGCUAGGUCAAUGCUUGAAAAAAGAAUUCGCUUGAAAGCUCCUUAUGUUGACAAGAUUAUUGAACAUCUGAAAAACUGUGGAGAUAAGCAGCUAGUCACUGAGCUUGGUAGGAUAGGAAGGUGAUAUUAUCAAACAAUUGUUCACAUGCCUUGGAGGGCCUUCUUUUCUGGGGUUAAGAUCACAAUUUACACUAUUAAUCUUUCUCCUGUUGAUCAGCCUAGCUUGUGUAUCCUGAAGGCUGAAGCAAUUUGUAUUAGGAUACUACCUGGCUAAGGAAAGGCAUAGAUGCAUGUCAGAUUGCUGAAGGAUUUUAUAAAGCCAUCUGAUAGAGAAGCUGUUUAGUCCAUAUUGUCUUUUCAAAUUUGGUAGGGAAAGAAAAUAAGUUACUGCAUGGCAAACCAACAAUUGUUGCCGUGUAAAGGUCAAAAUGUCAAGACUGUGGAGUGGAUAAUGCAAUCUGAAAUAAAGUUUCCUUCUUCAGAACUUAUUGAAA